AAGCAAUGAACACAGACGUAAGAAACGCCAGAAUGUAGACUACACACAGUUUGGUGGAGAUGUCCGAGCAGAUCGAGCAGAUAAGUUUGCCUCCUGGGUGGGAUUGCAAAUACGACCCACGAACGGGGCGAUACUACUAUGUGAACCUUUUCACGAAAAUGACAACAUGGGAGGACCCACGUGCAAGAAUCCGCCAAAUCCAAACUGGUGCUCCUCUGCAUAUCUCCAAUGAUAACGUUGCAGUGCAGCCAGUGCAUGGUUCUCCCUAUCAUGUUUACCCUUCGAGUAACUCGUUUUACCCAGCUCAGCAAGCUUUCCAGAAUCCACCUUCAGGUGUUCCCAGCCUAACAGCUAGUCCCAAUUUAGCUACCAAACUUCAGCAACAAAUCGAGUUAUCCCCCAUGCUUCGAUCUAGUCCACACACCCCAAGGAUGGGGCUUGGCCGGCAGGCAAUGCAGGAGACAUCGUUCUCUAACAACUGUAGUGCUGCCGAUACCGAUGCAACGGUUGCUAAAAUCAAUUCCAUGUUUCCAACCGUUCCGGAAACGCACAUCAGAAUGCUGCUCAAAAAAUACUAUAAUCGCGAGGCAGUCGUCAUAAGCGCACUGCAGGUGGAAAAACACCCCCUAACCACUCCGGGCCCUUACUCGACCCCUCCACUGACGCAGCGCCACUUCCACAACACGGCCAUGGGCGUGGUUUCGGCGUUCCAGAUGACGCCGGUGCUCGGUGGACGCAGUGAGGUUUCAACUUCGCGCACCGGAAGCCCUAUAGCGCGACCAGCGAGUUGCGCUAGCGGAAGCUAUUACGGCGGUUACCAGCAUGGAUCAUCACGCAGCAAUGGGAUCGACAUGCGGCAUAACUCGCCGAAACCGCACUCUUCGCCCAAAAUGAAGCUGAGGUACCUCAAAAGCUUCUUCCCCAAAGCGGAAGAAACGCUCAUCCUGGAUAUCCUGGCGAACGCAGAUAACAAUGUCCAGACGGCGUCACAACAAUUGAUCAAGUUGGGGUAUGAGAAACGUGAACAACUUCCAACUCAACGGGGAUCGUUCCGUAAAGACUCCGAAAAAGAGCAGCAAUCCGGUGAUGUUAAUCGAUCCGAUACUCCUACGCCUCCCGCAAAACCGAAGACACAGGACGAGAAGAAGAAAAUCAAGACACGUCUUCAGGCAAAAUAUAAGGAUAUCGCCGAACGCAUUAUUAUGAUGGCCCUGGAAAGCGUUGAUUACUCGGAAGAUCGAGCAAAGCAAAUAUUGAACAUUGUUAUUCAAGAGGACAGAGAAAAGAAAAAAUCUGUAAAAAUUGAUGCCCCGCUGAAGCCAGACGAGGACAAGGAGAACGCGCAAGCAAGUAGCGUUACGCCCAGCCACAGCAACGGCACUUCAGCCGCCCAUCUACGCCCCAAGAAAGGUAGCGUGGAUUCGGAUAAUCCGACUGGACAAGAAACCGAUGCGGGCAGUAGUGACCAGCAGGAUGAGACAACGGCGGACAACGAUAAUGAUGCAUCCAUCGAAAUCACCAACUCCACCAAUUCCACUGCAAUCAUUAAAGAUUCACCACAAUCACCACCAUCACUGUCACAACAGCACGAGAGUCGUGACCAUCAGCACCACCAGCAGCAGCAACAGCAGCAGGGUGGACGCACCGAGUUGAGCAAGAAUUCUACAAUUGCAACCGCGGCCGCUUCUUCACUCAAACAAUGUCGAGUUAGAGCAAAGAGUGAUCACGCAAAGUAUUCUAUUUUCAGAGGGUCUUCUUCCGAGGACGAACUGGAUGGACCGGGCGCUGCCGCAUCGUCCAAAUCGGACAAGCUCAACUUCAGUACCCCACGGAUUGUAACCAUGGGACCGAAUGCCAAGAUCUUCAGGGGGCCCAACGAUGAUCUACUGCUGGCGGACUACGUUACCUGGAACGGAGCCAACCCGGAUCUCGCGAAGGGAUCGCAGAAACUAGCGAAAGGACCUGACCGAUCGAUUCGUAUCGAACGAACGUACAAGGUACACGGACCUAACAGCGAACUGUGCAAGGGACCAUCGGGGCUGGCAAAGGGCAGUGUGUAUGGCCAGCUCAAGUGCAGUGCCAUGAAUGACGUCAAAUGCAACUAGGAGCGAGUCAGAAGCCGUUCAGAGCCUCGGCGUUCGGAAUCGUGCAAGUACUCCUACUAGCAGUAUAGUGUGGGCCUCGGCUGACUUAAUGUUCCAAAGCGUUCCAAAAAUACAAUCUGUGUGAUAAUUCUGAUGUUCUGCGAACUUUUCAAAUUCACUUACCAAACUAAAAGUUUAUAUUUAUAUACGAUGAAGAAAUAUCUAAUCCCGUAUGUCAAUCUAUAGUGUUCCUCGAUGGUACAAAUCCCAUGAUUACGGUAAACAGUAUUUAAGAAAUGUAUCGAUGAAAAUUACGAGCCUAAAAUAGUCAGCAAAAUUGAAGCACUUAAAAUAAACAGGUUCUUCAUAGUACA